CUCCCGUCCAUUCUAUAUUUUCGUCUCGUCUCAUCUCUCUCAGCGACGGCGACAGCGACAAGAUUUUGAGUUUUAGUGCAAGCGCGAACACCAGACGCGGUACACCACCGCCACCACCAAAAAGGAUAAAAAUUAAACCGCCACCGAGUAAUCGAUACAAGUAAUAAUCAUACACGCGCCUCCUAAUAAUCAUUCGUAACACACUAACAAUAAGUAUCAGCACCACCAUUAAUAAUAUAAACCACCACAACCCCACACCCCAAAAGAUACGUCCCAUUAUAUCCAUCAUAAUAACCGAUGACAUUUUUGCAUCAUAAUUCAAAAACCGUAAAUUCACAACCGUAACAAAUCAAGAGGACCGAAAAUUUGUGCACCACCAUACUGCCAUCAUCAACAAAACCACAUUUUUGCACCACCAUUCUAAACCACCUAAUAGAACAAACCACAUACUCACACCUUGACAUUCAUUCUCACCAUAAUAUACAUCCCUAAUAAUCUACCACCCCACUAAUUAUUGAUACCGCCAUCAUUUGCCACCGCUAAAUAAUUGUCACCACCACAAUUCAGGAAAAUUUAUGAAACUUUAUCCCAAAAAGCUGCAGUUGAAUUUUCGUGACGCGUGAAGUGUAAAAUAGUGUUUUUGGUUACGUAAUAUUUUUGUGGAUCAUUUUCGGAUACUUUAUUUUUAACACGAGCAGAAAACACAAUUGCGACCGAUGAUCGCCGAAUACAAUCCAAAAAAACAAGGCGUAAAAACGGAGCUUUCGGACCUUGUGAUGGUGAAAUACAAAUGCGAACAGAACGAUGUCCCGAUUACAACAGUGGCGGGUUCCACCCUUCCGCUGGUGGAGAUGCCAACCCAUGCGGAUGAGGAAGAAGGGGAUUACGAUCCGUUCGAGCACCGGAAAUUGGCUCAUCCUACAUCGGAUCUGGACACACUAAUCCAUCUGCUAAAAGGCUCCCUAGGCAGUGGCAUCCUGGCGAUGCCUUUGGCUUUCCUCAACGCUGGUCUAUGGUUCGGUCUAUGCGCCACAUUCAUCGUCGGCGGUAUUUGUACGUACUGCGUCCACAUUCUUGUGAAAUGCGCUCACAUCCUGUGCAGGAGGACCCAGGUUCCUGCACUCGGAUUUGCUGAAGUCGCCGAAGUUGCCUUUCUGGCUGGCCCAGAGGCUGUUCAUAAAUUUUCGCGACUGGCUAGGGCUAUGAUAAAUAUGUUCCUGGUGAUAGAUCUUCUAGGAUGUUGCUGUGUUUAUAUAGUCUUCGUCUCGACAAAUAUCAAACAAGUAGUUGAUUAUUAUGCCGAUGGUAACCUGGAUCUUCGCGUCUAUAUGGCGAUGCUACUGCCAAUUUUGAUAGUCAUGAAUUUAGUCCGUAAUUUAAAAUAUCUAUCGCCUUUCUCUAUGAUUGCUAACGGUCUAAUGGCAACUAGUAUUGGUAUCACAUUCUACUAUAUAACUCAAGAUUUGCCAGCUGUCGAAGACCGGCCGGUGUUCUCUCAGUUUCAUCAAUUACCAUUGUUCUUUGGUACCGUGAUCUUCGCUUUGGAAGGUAUCGGUGUAGUUAUGCCUUUGGAAAACAACAUGAAGACACCAACUCACUUUAUUGGAUGUCCUGGAGUGUUGAACAUUGGCAUGUUUUUCGUCGUCUCCUUGUACGCGGUUACUGGAUUUUUAGGAUAUCUCAAAUACGGCAAUGAUACACAAGGCAGCAUCACUUUGAAUUUACCCAAAGACGAAGUACUUGCUCAAUCUGUGAAAGUGAUGAUCGCCGUAGCAAUCCUGCUGACCUAUAGUUUGCAGUUCUACGUCCCUAUGGAAGUCAUUUGGAAGAACGUCAAACACCGUUUUGGUGCCAAAAAGAACGUCGCCGAAUACACUUUGAGAGUAAUCCUUGUGACUGCUACAGUGGCAAUCGCAGCAGCCAUCCCCAAUCUUGGACCAUUCAUCUCCUUAAUCGGUGCCGUCUGUCUGUCUACAUUAGGACUGAUGUUCCCCGCCAUCAUUGAGCUGGUGACGUAUUGGGAACGCCCAGGAUUGGGUGUCUACAAUUGGCGUUUGUGGAAGAAUGGUUUCUUGAUAUGUUUCGGCAUUCUGGGUUUCGUCACGGGCACCUAUGUCAGUAUACAAGAGAUAAUCGAGGCUCACUAACCUCGCAUGAUGACUGACGACUUGCCAGAGGGGAACUCUAUUUUUUUCGUUCGGUAGUUGUGAUUUUAUUUACACUUUUUAUAAUGGUUCUUUCGGCAAAUUCGCUGGUCGAAGAUACGUCUAUUUUAAUAGAUGAGGUGAGACGAGUGGAUCUAGUUAGAGUUUUUUUACUUCUCGUCAAAAGAUCCUUAUGCUGCUCUUUCUAGUUCGUAAUGAAAACAUUGUAGUCAACAAUUGUAAUACUAUAUUAUAUUUACGUUAAAUAGUUAUAACCAGAGGUAUGAAUAUUUAUAUUUGUAAGUUACGAAAAUAAAAAAUUCGCAAAAAAAUGAAUAAAAGAAAAAAAUCAAUAGAAAUAUCCAAGUCAUAAAUUUAUAUAGUUUAACGUCAAAAAAGAUCCAAACCAUUCAAGGGGAUUGUCUAUUGGUCGUGUGAGACGUUUUUUUCACGGUGAGAAACAAGCAAACUGGUUGUGGGUCUCAAAUAUAACGUGAAUGUAAAUUAUUAUUAUCUCAUACAAACAAUUUAAAUGAGAUAUCUCUAGAUUCUUGUGCAACUAAUGGACGUCCCCCAAUAAACUAAAAAAAAAAACAGCCACUGGUUAUGCUACAGACAGACCUUCGGCCUUCAUCAUAUUUAUAAAUCUUUAUAUAUAUAUGAUAUGUAAAAAAUCAUAUAUCUCACCUUGCUCGAUGCAAAUAUCCAAUAUAGAACCGAAAAAAAUUAAAAAAAAAAAAACUUGGCUAAGUUUUAUUUAGCUGCCUAUCGAUAAAUAAUGUUGACACUGUGAUUCGCUUUCGUUGUGUAGAAACGAAGGUGAUAAACUAAUAAAGAAUUUAUUAAAAAAAAAUAAUUAUAAAUAGGUACACAGAGUAUUUGCCAAAAUUAUUGUUUUUUAGGUAUAAUCUUGUGUAUUGAAUACAAUAGGCUGGUUCUGGGAUAAGCUUGAUCUCUAACUCACAGAGAACAAAAUAACUUGAAUUAAAGACAGCAUCGAGAUUAAUCUGUUACUUGAAACAAUGCAUCAAGCUUAUCCCAAAAUAAGUGUAUUGAUUUUAUUUUUAUAUAGAUAUAAAUUUAGGUCUUAAGAUUUAGGGUAAAAAAAUAUUUGAAAAAAAAAACAAGACGCUGAUUUGUAAGUUAUACGAAACUCAAAAAAAUAGCUUUUCAUAAAACCAAAGUAUGAAAAAAACCGUUAAUACAUAUCACAAAAUAAAUAAAGCGAGCUAAAACUAAACAAAUUUAGUUUUAUAAAGAUGCUCAUAUUAUAUAUAAUGAAAUUUAAAUAGAUUACUAUGCCUUGAGAUAUAAAAAAGUAUCAAAAUAUAAUUCAUUGAGAGAGUGAAAUAUAAAAAACAUAACCCGAG